AUGUUUUUCAAUGUCCAAGAACACCCAGUGCUUUUUGUGCUUCUAGUUCUCUUUCUGUGCAUAGUCGCCACGAAAAUGGCGUGUGUUCUCAUACGCUCCAACUACAAAAUCAAAAGCCAAGCAACAGAUGAGGUCAUCACGAUCUCAGCGUACACGACUGCAGCCUGCCUCUUUCUCUCGUGGGCGUGCUUCUACUUGGGGCAGGCCACUCCCAUGAUGCACCCGCAUUAA